AUGGAUUAUAGUGAUACCAAUGAUUCUGAAGAAAACGGUUAUAUAGAAAAUAGUAAUGAUAUAGAUAGAAAUAUUAAAGAUGAUAUCAAAAUUCUCACCCAAGAUGAUCAUGUAAAUACCGCCGGAAAUAUGGAUACCGAUGAUAGAGAAAAUGCCAGCAAACUUAAUGAAGAGUAUAACCAAAGUGACCAAGAUAUUGCCCAAGAAGAUUAUGUCCAAGAAGAUGAAUAUAAUCAAGAAGAUGAUGCCCAAGUUUCUCAAGAUCAAAAAGAAGAAAGAGAAAAUGGAGGUGAAGAAAAUGGAGGUCAAGAGGAGGAGGAAAAUGGAAAUUUUGUAAUUGAAAAUGAAAAUCAAGAAAAUAAUGCAAUUCCCAUAAAUUAUAACCAAGUGCCAACUUCCAGAUUAAUUCAAGCCCAAAUAAAUAAUGAAAUUGAAAAUGCCAAUUUAGUAAAUUAUGUUAUUCAAUAUAUCAUAGAAAAUACAAAUAGAAUUAAUAAUAAUAAUAAUAAUAAUAAUAAUAAUAAUAAUAAUAAUAAUAAUAACACUAACAAUAAUUAUAAUAGAAAUAUUAACAAUAUGAAUAAUAAUAAUAAUAAUAAUAAUAAUAUGAAUAAUUAUAACACUAACAAUAAUUAUAAUAGAAAUAAUAAUAGAAAUAUUAACAAUAUGAAUAAUAAUAAUAAUAAUAAUAAUAAUCGUAAUAGAUAUAAUAUAAAUAACCAACUUCAAACCUUUCGAAGUUUACACAACGGCCAAGUAGAAUCUCAUUUCACUUAG